AUGCCAAUCGCAGCGCUCCCCCUAGCGGCGGUGCGGGCAAUUGGCUCCGCGUCUGUUAUUUCCGAUCCUUGCUCCAUUGUCAAGGAGCUCCUGGACAACGCCUUGGAUGCCGCAGCGACUUCGGUACUUAUUGAGAUCUCACAAAAUACACUUGAUGUAAUACAAGUGAAAGACAAUGGCCAUGGUAUCCCCUCUACCGAUCAUCCUUUUGUCUGCAAACGCACCUUCACUAGCAAAAUUCAAUCCGUCGAAGAUCUUAGAACUAUCGGCGGAAAGUCUCUAGGUUUUAGAGGCGAAGCACUUGCUAGUGCGGCUGAGGUAUCCCGUGGCGUGACUAUCACCACUAGAUUACAGCAUGAGCCGGUUGGUUCUUCUAUCAGAUACAGCAGAAAUGGAGAGCUUCUAAGUACCCAGCGAGCGUCACAUCCGGUAGGAACCAGUGUUCGCAUAGCGGAUUUGUUCAAACACAUCCCAGUCCGGAGACAAACUACGUUAAAGAAAGCGGCCAAGACGGUCGUGAGGAUCAAGAAGCUCGUACAAGCAUACGCUAUUGCCCAACCCUCCAAACGUUUAUCCUUGAAGGUCCUCAAAGCAAAGACAGAGACGAACAACUGGAUGUAUGCCCCAGGCAACAACACUAGCCUUGUAGAUGCAGUAUUGAAAGUUGUGGGCACCGAAGUCGCCUCUAGCUGUCUGGUCAAGGUCUGGCCAUCUGAGAAUGACAGCGACAGGCCAUUUCGGAUACUCGCGUUCCUUCCAAAGCCAGAAUCCGACCUUACGAAACUGAACGGCUUGGGGCAGUAUAUCAGUAUUGAUGGCAGGCCCUUAUCGACCACCCGAGGGAUCGCGCAAGAUAUUGCGAAACUAUAUAAGUCUUAUAUCCGCGUCGUUGCUUCCAGUAAGGAGGCAGCUAUAAACAUUACAGAUCCGCUUCUGUGCCUUCACCUCCAGUGUACUAAUGCAAGCUACGACGUCAACAUUGAGCCCGCUAAAGAUGAUGUUCUUCUUGAAGAUCGGGAAGAGCUUCUUUCUUUGGUAGAAGAGCUUUUGUGUGAUGUGUACGGCGUUCAAGCAAAAUCAACAGAGAGACCGAGAAAUAUCGAUAAAGGGAAAGAGCCCGCUUCCUAUCGAAACUCAUUCGAAUUGCUUCUUGCCCGUAAAAGUCCGGAUGAAUCAAGGGCUAGAAGCAGUUAUGGCUCUUCCUCGACACCACGGACUCCGGAUGUAGAGGAUCCAGACAGCUUCAAUACUGAGAAUCGUCCGGAGACGAGAAUCGCGAUUAGCAACCCCUGGUCAAUAUCUCAGCCAAGCAAGCAGAUGCCGACGCGCGACAGUUCCUCAUCGCGCAGUGACACUGACAAGAUAGUGAGACAUGAAAUUGUGCGGUAUCCGACUGAAAGCCGAAGAAACUCACAGGAAACACUGCAGACAUGCUCUCCAGGGUCUCUCCUACCGAGUCCCUCUAUCAGCUCCACGACUGCUGCUGGCUCCACGACUGCUGCUGGCUACGUGACUGAAGCUCAGUCUUCGCCGUCUAGUCCAUGGACGCCUCGAACUCCUCUUCCGAGGACAAGGCAAACCUCGAUGGACCAUGACAGACAUCCCGGAAACGGAGCCCUUGAUGGCUGGUUGGGGAAAACUCCAGCCUCCUUGUCUCAGUCAACCACAGGCGAGGUGCCCACAGGAAAUGGGGACGAGCGCUCAUUGCAGCAGUUGGCGCAAGAAAGAUUCGGUUCACCAGAGAGGUCAUCAGGCGACCCAGGAUCGACAGAGGAUGGUGUUGUUACUACUCAUAAUCAGUCUCCCAAAUUUCAGGCUAGCUCUGCAGAAGCAGAAACGGAGCAUGAAGGAGCUGGUACUCCCUUGCUUGGGAGCGCUGCAGACUCCGAACUUCGGGAAAGCCACGCACCCGACCGUGGAAGGUCCUCGGCUACUCUACGUCAGCUUCUUUCUGAGAAUAACCACCAAGAGCUGGGACGUGCACUCGACUUUGAGAACCGCAAGAGGGAGGCUAUCCUUAAGCGCCGGGAACAACUCAAAAGCCAGCGAAACCCGAGCUCACCCCAUCUAAGUCGGUAUCUAGCUGCCAAAGCCGCACUCCAGAAGCACCCAGAUGCUGAUCGGGACGAGCCGACGAAGCCUGUGCUGGGUCCACAUGACCCACGGUCGUAUUUAAUGCGUUACAAGGUGCAAGAUCAGAACGAAGAUGGCAUAUCAAAGACCAGAAGGAUUAACACAGAGAAGCUGCCAUUAGAAAACAUUCCAAAUGGGUGUGAGUUGUACAGUCUGGCUCUGACCCAAGAGGCCGACAUUUCGCUCAUUUCAACCACAUGCGACCAUUUAACCAAGACAGAUCUUUAUACCGGAUGCGGAGACCAGUGUGAAGCAUUUAACCCGCCACAUAAAGAUACAGAAACAAUGCUUGAUCUCUGGAGGAAUCAACUGACGAGUUUGAUACAGCGCAAUUACCGGACUUCAGAACGGUCGGGAUUGCCGGAUGUGCACUUGAAUUUCUCUCGUUUAGCGCAGCGCGGGCAUUCCAAGUGA